CAUCAAAGAACCAUUUUCUUCCGCUUUGAUGUUUAUUUAUUUUGGUUGUCAGCUUAUAUCAGCUGGGGUUUGUAUGAACCUUGGCCUACCGAGUGAUCUUUUCGCUGGCUGCUGGCUCUUCUCUGCCGGAAUUCUCCUUACCCCCUGUCGCAAUUCUUCGCCACUGAAUGUCAGUCACUCUGGCGGAGAUCGCGACAUUGUCGCACGUCAGCCGUCGCUCAGAUUUCAGAUUUCGUUGGCUUUUUUAUCUCCAUUCACGAAAUACUAAUACGGGGGACAUUAUCUCCCGGCGAUCUUGUCGCAUCAACAACACCAUAACCAACGUAGAGCCCAAGAUCUGGCACCAACACAGACACCGCAACCAAUUUAAGUUAGAAUCAGCAUCAUCAUAAUGAUGAUCUUUUCGGGGCGGGUGUGAGUGUGGGCGGAGAUAUAGCUGAGAUCUCGAGAUAUAUCUCAGGGGGUUGAUAAGAGAUUUUCAUUUUUCCUCAGCUCAGUCACAAAGCGAACGGCGACUGGGAAAGUUCAAGCGAUAAAAAAAUAAUCAAACGGAUAAUCACAGGAAUACUAGAUUGGACAAAAAAAAAUAUAUAAAAAAAGUACAAGUGGAUGAAGUGGAGGAAAACCUUGAAAACUGCAUUAAAAAGAUAAAAAUAAAUAUUAAAGUAUUCGAAAGUAAACUAUGUGCCAUACAACGAUAUACAAAGGAAUAUACGAAGAAAUAUAUUACAAGCAGCAGCAAGAACUUGCUUAGUUCGUCUUGAUGAUCACAAAUUUCAAUUGAAUUUAAUCAAAAUCACACAAAACGAGAGAAAUCAUAAAAAGCUAACUAAGCGGGAGAUUUAAUUUUGAGUGUCUCAUCAUGUAUUAGUGUGGGUGGUUUUGUUUGUGCAUCUGUGUUCCAGUGGGAGGUGUGAGUGAGAGUGUGUGUUUUGACCGAGAAACCUUAGAUCGUUGGCCGUUGGCCGCUUUUCAUUGAAACGAACUUCAAAACUGUCAACAAAAAGCGGUUAAAAUGGGCAAAAUGGUCAACGAGGAAAUGGCCACCGAGCCAAUAAGAACCGAAAAGGUCGAACUAUCGCGUUUCGGGGAGUUCUGCCAGCGCCAUGGAAUUAAUCCCAACCUGAUUAUGCUGAAAAUAACACUUUUCGUUAUGUAUGGCGCGACUUCCUCCCUUCUGCCCUACCUGACAAUUCACAUGCAGUCGAUUGGCCUCACGGUGGAGGAGAUUGCAAUUAUCUACCUGGCCCUGCCCUUCACCACAUUUCUUAGCCCGCCCAUAACAGGUUUCCUCGUUGACAAAUUUGGCAAAUACAAACCGGUCGUUGUGAUGAGUCUGCUGCUGAAUGCGAUUUUCCAUCACUCGCUGCUCUUUAUACCGCAGCAGGAGAUUCCGGGCGUGGUGCCCUCGGCGUUCGUAUUGAGACAUCCAGAUAGUGGCGAUAUUGAGGUUUGGUGGUCGCCAUGCCCCAGCAGAGAAUGUCCCGAGGAGCCAGAGCUGGAAUUGGCCGUGCACCAGUGCGUCGACUAUUGUUUGUUGCAGGAGCAAGUUAAUCCGCAGCUUUACACGAGUACUCCCCCGUACGCCGCCCCACCAACGACCACCACACCAAGGUCCCCGUCCACUACAACCACCACAAUAGCAACCACAACGAGUGGUGCAGUGUUGGGCAUCGAAUCGAGUACAUCACAACCCCCGGCCACAUCGACCACCACAUCGCCGGCGUCAUCAUUGCCAGCAUUAUUCGCAACGCAAACGAGGAGCAGAUACCAAGAAGUACUUAAUAUGUCAUCGACCAUGUUCCCGCCAAUGUCCCAGCUAAAGGAACAGCCCCUGGACAAGGACACGGACCAGGAUCCAGGGCCGGGGCAACCAUCAUCAGCCGAGCUGUCAGCCAUGUCCAUGCAGGGAUUGAAUUUUACCACAGAUGCCACCAAGAAACAGAAUGAGAGCAGCAGUUGGGUGCAUUCCGACAAUGAUGAUGCCACAUACUUCAUGUUGCAAAUGCAUCCCGAUCUGGCCGAUCCCACCGAGCAACUGGGCAUGGAAAUCGAACAGGAUGCCAACGAGACAGUCACGGAUAUCCUUCAGCGAUUCGGUCGGGAAAACUUGGUCAAGGGCUUUAUAAACCUCACUGAUAUGGAUGACCUUGAUCUCAGAUGCGGCGGCUUGGUCAGGAGGACGAAUAUAUCCAAUGCCGGAUCGGGGGCAUUCAAAUGCAUGAUGCAGAGAUGCACUUUCACCAUGAAUGCUCCUGAAAUCUGUCCACCGGACUAUAAGGAAACAGAUGAGAUUAUUUUCUGGGUUUAUUUCCUGUUGAGAUUUUUGGCCACCACCAUGUUGUCGGCUGGUGUCACCAUCAUGGAUCCCAUUGCCCUGACUAUGAUUGAAAAGUUUGGCGGCGAUUUCGGUCGUGAACGUUUAUUCUCCAGUAUCGGCAUGGCUAUAUUUUCCCCGAUAACUGGCAUUAUGAUAGAUUACUCUUCGCGAGGCCUGGGCUACACGGAUUACUCGGCUGCCUUCUAUACGUACGAUGUCCUGUUGGUGAUAUCCACCAUGUCGGUGCUAAUGAUGCCGCUGGGAGAAAAACUUCCAGCGGAUAAUGUCUUCAGAGAUCUGUGGAAUCUGCUCAAGAUGCCGCACGUCAUAGCUUUCAUUAUAUUUUUGUUUGUUCUCGGAAAUUUCUGGGGCUUCAUCGAGAGUUUUCUGUUUUUGUAUCUUAAGGAGUUGGGUGCUCCCAACUAUUUGUUGGGUAUUACCAUUACUGUGGGCACUGUCAGCAGCAUUCCAUUCUUAUAUGGAGCGGAGAAAAUCACACGCAUCUUUGGACACGUUAACUUGAUUAUCAUUGCGUUCUUCUCGCAUGCCGGCCGCCUGGUCGGCUACUCCUUCAUCGAGAAUGCCUGGUGGUGCUUUCCGUUCGAGGCCAUGGAGUCGUUAUCCUGCCAUCUUAUGUGGGUGGCGGCGGCAACUUACUGCUCGAUUCUGGCCCCAAAAAGUUUACUGGCCACUCUGAUUGGUGUCCUGGGCAUGGCUCAUUUCAGUUUGGGACGAGGUAGUGGCAGCUUCACUGGCGGCCUCCUCAUUGGUCAGUUUGGCACUCGAGAUGCUUUCCGGUACAUGGGACUCCUGGCCGUGGUCGGUGGCAUCGCCUACGGGCUCCUCCAUCUGAUUUGGCUCCGUAAAUUCGAUCAUACCACCGAGGAAUCCGAGGAGGAGGUGGAGGCUGUUGAAAAUGGUGAAACCGAGAAACUGACUGAACCCGCUACCAAGGAGCAGGGCACCUCCAUGUCCUUGGAGCGAUUGAGUUUGAUGAUUAAAUACAAUCAGAUUGGCAGUUUGUCAUCACUGCCACGGGGAUCGAGGGCCGACAUCCACGACCAUCUCUCAGUGCGCCGGAGCAGCUACAAUGUGGAGUCCCUGAGGGGAGUGCCCCGCCAUGGAAACAUUGGGAGUGCCUCGAAAGUGGAUAUCCUGCGCUCCGCAUUGGAGAUUAAUCACAAGUCCUCGAACAACUCGAUGCUGAGCAAGGCCGAUAAUAAGACGUCGAAUCAAUCAUUGGGCCGCAAUCGGGCCGACAGUGCCCCGAAAUUGAAUCACAGCAAUCUUAAGAAUAUUUCCCAGCCAGCCCUUGAGGGUGUGGUCCUGGAGGAAACGGACUUUGCUCCAGAAAAAAAAAUCAAGAACAAAAAAUAGAAAUAUUUAUGGGGAAUGAUCGCAAAAUGAAUGCCACGUAAUUCGAUGCUGUUGGCAACAUUUGUCAUUGUUGAUUUUGGCCAGAGACGACUUUAUAGUCGUUUAUAUGAAUUUGUUAGCUCGUCUAUCGAGGCCAAUAACUUCUUCAACAUAACGCACAAAAAGUGAACGCGAAAUUGCGCGUAAGUAAUGCCCAUUGUGAGCGUUUUCAAAGGACAGAGGCGUCGUUGGGCCACAGGAGGCGGUCUAAAAAUAUAUAUAAAGGAAGAAAAACUUGAAACCAAACAAAGGAAUGGAAACAAAAGCAGCGCAAAAUGAACUGAGCAGAAACAUUAUAAAAAGUCCUUCCCUUCUUAUUCUCUAUCGAUGCACUGUGGAAAAAUUGUUCAAACCAAAUUUCAUUUAAUAUACAUUUUUUUGUUUUU